CGAACUAUAUUGACUCACUUAUAUAUUUAUGGUUAUUUUGAUAUAUUUAUUUUUAUGCGUAUUUAAUUAUCUGACUUAAAUGUUAUCAAAAAAAUAAACAUUUUACUGCCGCUCAUGAGACGACGACAUUACGCACUGCGUCAUGGUUUACGUACUUCCUUUCCGCACUUCCUUAGCAGCGUGCUAGCCGCUAGCCCGGAGAGCUAGCGUGCUGCGUGCCUUGCCCGUGAAGUUUCAGAUAUGAUGAGCGGCAGGACGAGUGUGGUGAUUGCGGGAGUCUGCGGGGCUCUUUUCAUCGCAUACUGCAUUUACUUCGACAGAAAGCGAAGGAGUGACCCUCAGUUUAAAGAAAGGCUCCGUGAACGUAGAAGAAAGAAAAACGUAUCUAAAGAAAAGUCUGGACUGGCAAAGCUGCCUGAUCUGAAGGACGCGGAAGCUGUUCAGAAAUUCUUCCUGGAGGAAAUCCAAGUCGGAGAAGAGCUGCUGUCACAAGGUGAAUUUGAGAAAGGUGUCGACCACCUGACCAAUGCGAUCGCAGUAUGCGGUCAGCCUCAGCAGCUGCUCCAGGUCCUCCAGCAGACGCUGCCCCCUCCCGUCUUCCAAAUGCUGCUCACAAAACUGCCCACAAUCAGCCAGCGAAUCAUCAGCGCACAGUCUUUAACAGAAGAUGACGUUGAAUGAAUGAACGAAUGUCUGUUUGUGAGAUGUGAUUAUCAUUCUGUAAAGGGAUUUCAGAGACACUGAUGUUUGUGCACUGAUGGCUUCGUGUGACUGCAGUUGUGAGUUGUGCGAGCCUGUUAAGAGAGAGCUCCACCUCUGGACAUCAGAUGAAGAUAACCCUCCCACCCCUCUAUCAUGGCACUCUGGUGUUGCAGAAUUUCCUUGAGGUUAUUUUGGGAAGCGUUUAACACAUUCCAUCUUUCUAAAAUCAUUCCCACCAGAUCUCAUGUUUAUUCUAUUUAUUUCCAUUAAAAGUAAUUGUUUCAUAUUUCGUUGAAGUGUCUUUGCUGGUGUAUGUAAAUGAUUUGUUACAUAUCUCUGUGCAGUUGAUAAACAUGUUAGUGCCUACACUAAACCCAACACCUGCUUGUGGAAUAUUGUCAGAUUUGUUUUUGCGAUGUUAAAUGUUAUUUUUAUAUUCCAGUCUUUCUUAUAUAAAUGUGCGUGAAUCCUAAAAUAAAUCAUAAAAACACA